GGUUCCUCAGGUUACUGCAUGUGAGUGUAGUUCUUCAUUUCGCUUGUACUCGCCUCGGCCCGUUUCACUAGGACAUCUCAUUUUUCCCCCUAUAAACAUAAUUAGGCCGAUUUAGGGGACACGCUUCACAGCCAGUGCAGGUGGUGAUGUCAAUCAGACAGGCUCAAAGACAGACAUACGACCUUGGCUCUUUGUAAAAAAGUGGACGCAGAAUGGCGAGCCGACUGCUGCAGCUGAGCGAGCGCACUCUCAAGCUGGCACCCGUCGUGGCGCGGAUCCAGCCUACGGCAGCCUUCCACGGGCGGGCGCGCAUUGGCAAGCGCGAAGUGGUUGGCUACGGCAUGAAUGGAGAAUAUGUGUACAUUGAUCAGCCUGAGUUCCCCAUGCCGGCCAUCCGCUACAAGGAGCCCACAGCCGAGAUCGAGAAGCUGCGUGAGAAGGAGAAGGGUGACUGGAAGAACCUGUCCCUCGAGGAGAAGAAAGCCUUGUACCGGUUCAGCUUCUGCCAAACAUAUGCCGAGAUGAAGGCCUCUCGCAACGAGUGGAAGCCCAUCGUUGCCGGAGUUUUGACCACCCUUGGCGUGACACUGUGGGUCUGGAUCUUCCUCAAGAAGUUUGUGUAUGGUCCACUGCCGGAGUCAUGCUCGCCGGCAGCGAAGGAGGCGCAGCUGAAGAGAAUGAUUGACUUGAGAGUGAACCCCAUUGAUGGCGUCGCAUCCAAGUGGGACUACGAGAACAACCGGUGGAAAUGAGGGGUCGUCUGAAGGCCUUCAACAUCAGCGCGCCUGCAGUCGCUAGUCGGCAGUUAAAGUAGGCACAUAGAUCUUGUCUUGUUCUGCAAUAAAAUCACUUUUUUUUUCUU